AACAGCUUUACUGAAAUAGCCCAUCAUAUUAACUAAAUUUGAAGGAAAAGAAAAGUAAAAAUUGACAAAAACGACAUCGUGCUUGGAGAAAGUACCAGCAGAGCAAAAGACGGCCCGAGAGGACUGAGAGGGGCGGAGCUGCGAGUCUGAGAUGACGAGAGCACAAGUACUGAACGCGUACAAAGCUUUGCUACGAGCGACGCGGAAGUCCUUCGCCGGAGACGUGACGAUGCUGAACGGCGGCGCGGCGGCGGAGGUCCGCAAGAAGUUCGAAGAGAGCAGGCACGUGACGUCAGAGGCGGAGAUCCAGAGUCUCCUGGAUCAGGCAGGCGAGGCCUCCCGUUUCAUCAGCGAAAUGAUCGUCCAGGCCAAGCUCAAUUCCCGCGGCGGUUACGAAGUGAAGCCGGAUAAAGUUCAUGCGGGAGCAACACUUGAGGUUCCUUCCGAAGAGCUUCUUCGCACCAAGUCUUGACUCGAGCGAUGGCUUCUGCAAAUGUAUGGCAGCGUGCUCACUGCUUUUUUGAGGGUUCAGGUGCUUUGGGGGGUUUUGUUCCAUUUGAUUGCCUACCAAGUUUUCAAGAAUUAAGUUAAGUUGAACAAUUUUGUUCGUUUUGGUUAGUAAAUGUAAUAGGAUUUUGGAUACAUAAUUUCUGAACGGUCUGUCAUUCACAAUAUCUACAGCGGAAGAAUGCACAAAUAGAACCGUUACAAACUUUUAAUAAAAAUUCUAUUGUCGAUUUA